GAAUGGAAGAAGUAGAAACAAUCAUAACUGAUGCAGACGAAGAAAAAUUGAAAGCAAAGCUUUUAAUUAACAAAUAUGAGGCCAAACGUCGAAAAUUAAUCGAAGAAGAAGAAAAGGCAAAAUUAGAAGGAUUGAUCUCAUCUGAUGAUUCAGACCCCGAUGCAGACUCUUACAUUUCAGCUAGACAGAGGAGAAGAGAGCAGGAACACAGACGCCUUUUGUUGAGGAAUUUAAUUCAUUCAAAAGUAACAGAAGCACAAGCAGAUAAGGAUUUACAAAGAGAAACAGAAGAAUUUUUGGCUGCAAAACGAAGAAAAAAGGAAGAGGAGAAGAAAUUGGAAGAGUCUAAGAAAAGUUUGCUGGAGAAGCAUAAUGAAUUACUUCAACAAGAACAAGACGAUGAUCGAGAAGAUGACGAAAAGAGACGCGAAGAAGAAGACAAAAUUCUUCAAAGUGUUACACAAACAAGUGCUCUUGCUACGGUCGCAGAAAUUGCAAAGGGUGUUAAAUACACAGAAUCUAUAAAAACAUCUUGGAGGCCACCUAGACACAUUCGUAACCAGACAGAAGAUGAUUGGGACAAUUUUAGAAGGGAAAAAGGAAUUCAAGUUGAGGGGGAAGACUGCCCACCAGCUAUUGGAAGUUUUUUGGAAAUGAAAUUGCCUUCUUCAAUCAUUCAUUUACUCAAAGAAAAGAAAAUUUAUAUUCCAACAGGCAUUCAAAUGCAAGGAAUUCCAGUUGGUUUAAGUGGACGUGAUAUGAUUGGAAUUGCUUCAACAGGUUCUGGAAAGACUUUAACUUUUGUUAUUCCAAUAAUAAUGUUUGCUUUGGAACAAGAAAUUGCUUUGAGAUUUAAAAAAGGAGAAGGGCCUUAUGGUUUAAUUAUUGUCCCGUCAAGAGAAUUGGCAAAACAAAUUUCUGAUGUAAUUCAAUGGAUUUGUGAUUCUUUGCCAAAUUGUGAUUUUCCUGAAGUUAGAGUUGGGUUGUCUAUUGGUGGAUUUCCUAUUAAAGACCAAGCAAGAGUUUUUGAAAGAGGUGUUCAUAUAGCUGUUGCUACUCCUGGUCGUCUUUCUGAUAUGUUAAACAAGAAAAUUCUGAACUUACAAGUUUGUCGCUAUUUGGUUCUUGAUGAGGCGGACAGAAUGUUGGAUAUGGGAUUUGAAGAAGAAUUGCGUUCAAUUUUUUCUUAUUUUAAGGGACAACGUCAAACUCUUCUAUUUUCAGCAACUAUGCCAAAGAAAAUUCAAAAUUUUGCAAAAUCUACACUUGUUCGUGCUAUUGUUGUAAAUGUUGGAAGAGCUGGAGCUGCUUCCUUAAAUGUUGUUCAAGAAUUUGAAUAUGUUAGAAGUGAUGAAAAAUUGGUAAAAAUUCUCAAUUGUUUGCAAAAAACACCUCCAAGAGUUUUAAUUUUUGCUGAGAAAAAAGCUGAUGUUGAUCAUAUUUGUGAAUAUUUGUUGGUAAAAGGAAUUGAAGUUGCUUCAAUACAUGGAGGGAAAGAUCAAAAAGAUAGACAUUCAGGAGUGGAUGCUUUUAGACGUGGAGAAAAGGAUGUUUUAAUUGCUACAGAUGUUGCAUCAAAAGGAUUAGACUUUGAAAAUAUUCAACAUGUAAUUAAUUUUGAUAUGCCUGAAGAUAUUGAAAAUUAUGUUCACCGUAUUGGACGUACAGGAAGACGACUAGGUAAAUGUGGUAUUGCAACAACAUUUAUAAAUAGAAAAGCAGGACAACCUUUACCAGCAUUUUUAAAACAAUUGGCUGGGGAGGAUGAAGAAAAAGAAAAACUUGACGCUGCCAUUAUGCCUAAAGAAGAGAAAAAUGUUGUUGAUGAUGCAGAUAAGGGAUGCUCUUAUUGUUCUGGUUUGGGACACAGAAUUACAAAUUGUCCAAAAUUGGAAAGUGCAAGGUCCAAAACUGCUUCAAAUCUAAUGCAAAAGAGAACAGAAUUUUCUGGGCAUGAAGGCCUUUGAUUGAAUGCUUAUGAACAGAUGGAAUGCCGAUAUAUGAUUUGGAUUUGGCCACAACGAAAGAUGACGAAUGGAAGUUUACAACCUCCAUCUUUGCUUAGGUUUGUAAAAAAUUUUUUAAUGUUUUUUACUAGAGGGGUUGUUGUUGCAUGAAAUGGGUGAUAAAAAAGAUUUACCGUUGAAGGGAUUCG